AACUAGUUUUAAAAUGAAGAAUCGGCAAUUAAUAUUUCUUUUGUUGAUAAUAUCUAGUUUGAUAUUUAACGAAGCAAUUAAAUAUGAGGAAAACGAUGAAAUUUGGGAAUAUGAAAAUAAUACGACGAGAGAAGCAGCUGCCAAUGGAGACUUGAAUGGUUUAAUGUAUGCUCAUAAAAAUGGAUGUCCUUGGAAUGAAAGCACAACAGAAGCAGCUGCUUUUAAUGGUGAAUUAGAAUGUUUAAUAUAUGCUUAUGAAAAUAAUUGUCCUUGGGAUGAAAGCACAGCAGAAGCCGCUGCUUCUAAUGGUGAAUUAAAAUGUUUAAUAUAUGCUCAUGAAAAUGAAUGUCCGUGGGAUGAAAGCACAACAAUAGCAGCUGCUUCUAAUGAUAAAACAGAAUGUUUAGAGUAUGCUCAUAAAAAUAAAUGUCCAUGGGAUAGAAGAACAACAGCAUCUGCCGCUUUCUCUGGUAAUUUAGAAUGUUUAAAAUAUGCUCAUGAAAAUGGAUGUCCGUGGGAUGAAAGCACAACAAUAGCAGCUGCUGCUAACGGUAAAUUAGAAUGUUUAAAAUAUGCUCAUAUGAAAAAAUGUCCAUGGAAUAAAAGAACGACAGAAGCAGCUGCAAAAUAUAAUAACUUACAAUGUUUAAUAUAUGCUCAUAAAAAUGGGUGUAAAUGGGAUAGAAAGAAAAUUAUAUCAAGUGCUAUUGAAAAUGAUAAUCUAGAAAUGUUAAAAUAUUCUUGCGAUGAUUUAAGUGAAUUGAACGAAUACCUUGCUACUAUUGCUGCUUCUAACGGUAGUAUAAAAAUUUUAAAAUACGCUCAUAAAAAUGGAUUCUAUUGGGAUAAAGAAACAAUAGAAGAAGCUGCUUCUAAUGGUAAAUUAGAAUGUUUAAAAUAUGCUCAUGAAAACGGGUGUCCGUGGGAUAGAAGGACAACAAUACAAGCUGCUGUUCAUGGUGAAUUACAAUGUUUGAAAUAUGCUCAUGAAAAUGGAUGCCCGUUGGAUGAAAUUGCAGCAAUAGGAGCUGCUGUUCAUGAUAAAUUGGAUUGUUUAAAAUAUGUCCAUGAAAAUAAAUGUCCAUGGGGUGAAAAAACAACAAGAGCAGCUGCAUCAUAUGAUAGUUUCGAAUGCUUAAAAUAUGCUCAUGAAAAUGGCUGUAAAUGGAAUCCAGUCGAUAUUGCAAAAAUUGCUAUUGAAAAAGAUAAUGUAGACAUUUUGAAAUAUUCUUGCGAGCAUUUAGUGGAAUAUAGAAAAGUAUUCAUUACUCUGGCUGCCUAUUUAGGUAGUAUAAACGUUUUAAAAUAUGUCCAUGAAAAUGGAUGGCCGUGGGAUGAAAUAACAACAGAAGCAGCUGCUUCUAAUGGUAAAUUAGAAUGUUUAAAAUAUGCUCAUGAAAAUGGAUGUCCUUGGGAUGAAAGCACAACAGAAACAGCUGCUUCUAAUGGACAUUUAGAUUGUCUAAUGUAUGCCUAUAAAAAUGGAUGUCCGUGGGAUGAAAGCACAACAGAAGCAGCUGCUUCUAAUGGACAUUUAGUUUGUCUAAUGUACGCCUAUAAAAAUGGAUGUCCAUGGGAUGAAAGCACAGCAGAAGCAGCUGCUUCUAGUGGUAAUUUGGAAUGUUUAACAUAUGCCUAUGAAAAUAAAUGUCCGUGGAAUGAAAGCACAACAAUAGCAGCUGCGUUGAAUAGUAAUUUAGAAUGUUUAAAAUAUGCUCAUGAAAAAAAAUGUCCGUGGAAUGAAUUGACGGCAAAAGCGGCUGCACAAAGUGGUGAUCUAAAAUGUUUAAUAUAUGUUCAUGAAAAUGGUUGCAAAUGGGACGAAACCACAACUAGUGCUGCUGCAGCAAGUGGUAGUUUAGACUGUUUAAAGUACGCCCACGAAAAAGGAUGUGUUUGGGAUAAGAGUACAACCAAAGCAGCUGCAGAAAGUGGCUGUUUUGAAUGUCUAAAGUACGCCCACAAAAAUAAAUGUGUUUGGGAUGAAACCACAACUAGUGCUGCUGCAUCAAGUGGCUGUUUUGACUGUUUAAUGUAUGCCUAUGAAAAUGGAAGUGUUUGGGAUGACAGUACAACUAGAGCUGCUGCAGCAAGUGGCUGUUUAGAGUGCUUGAUAUAUGCUAAUGAAAAGGGAUGUAAUUGGGAUAAACAUACAAUAGUUGCUGCAGCUGAGAAUGGAAAAUUAAAUUGUCUUAAAUAUGCCCGUGAAUAUGGAUGUGAUUGGGUUGAAGGUACCACGAAAGCGGCUGCAGCAAAUGGACAUUUAAAUUGCUUAAUGUAUGCCCAUAAAAAUGGGUGCGAGUGGGACGAAGGCACAACAAGAGAAGCUGCUUCUAAUGGUAAAUUAGAAUGUUUAAAAUAUGUUCAUGAAAAUAAAUGUAAGUGGGAUAAAGAAACAACAAGUGUAGCUGCUGCAAAUGGUCAUUUAGAUUGCCUAAAAUAUGUUCAUGAAAAUGGGUGUGAGUGGGACGAUAGCACAACAAGACUGGCUGCUGAAAAAGGUCGAUAUCUGUGCUUAAAAUAUGCCCAUGAAAAUAAUUGUCCUUGGAGUAAAGGAACCCUUUAUGGAGCUAUUCAAGCUAAUUGUCAUUAUAUAAUCGACUAUGCUAUCAGAAAUGGUUGUUCCAGUUAAUUUCCUGUGAACUAACAUUAAAUGUACUAUAUUCAACUACAUUGCCUAUUAUUAUAUUAUUUUAAAAUAAAUUAUAC